ACCUGUGAUUUUCUAGCAAUUUCUGCUCUGUCGUAUAGGAUUCUGAUAGGCGACAAUUGUAAUGUCAAAAUUAUGUAUUUGUGAGCAGUGUGAAUUGCAAGUUUUCCCAUUAAAUCUGUGGCUCUAUUUACAGACUUCUUUAUAUUAUUCUAAUGUGAAAAUCGUGUGAAAUGAUAUACUUUACCCAUUGAGCUUGUGAUGUGAGGAGAUUACUACUGAUUUGCCCAAUUUUGUCGUGAUUGAAAUUAUCGGCUAUUGAUUUUUUUUGUGUGUGAAAAUCAACCUGGUGACCUCUAAGAACAAUGAUGUCAUAUUGCCCCCCGAAUGAAACCAUCUCAGUACCAUGGAUGGAUCAUGGUCUAACACAAUGCUUCUUCAGCACAGUCUCCACAUCGAUAGUUGCCGGAUUUCUCUGGAUAUUUGGUUCAAUACAGCUGUUUAUGUACAAGAAAUAUUCCACGCCGCAAUCAAGGGACCUUCCUAAUUCAACCCUCUACAAUUUUCAAGUUUUCCUCCUUUUCUUCAUCCCCUUCAAUGCAAUUGUGAGAUUUCUCCUGACAACUGUGUACUUCCACAAUUCUGUCUAUGGCUACAUGGUCUUAAGUCUCGUUUUAACAUGUUUCACGUUCCCACUAUCGGUUCUCUUAAUGAGCAAAGAACGCCAUUAUCUUUUGCCAUCACUUCCAACUCGAGGACAUGGGUUGGUUCUUUUGCUUUUCUGGACAAUGGUCUUCAUUACCGAAAACCUGGCACUUAUAAAUAUGCGUCAAGAAGGAUGGUGGUUUAACAUGAAAACAUUUGCGGAUAAAGUUGAAACUGUCUUUUUCGUCCUACGCUACGCAUCAUGUCUUAUGGUAUUUGUUCUUGGACUGAAGGCACCAGGAAUUUAUACAUACUACAAUGAGGAAUAUCAGAAUAUCAUCAAUUCACCCCAGAAUGAUGAGAACCGCUCAACAUUUAGGAAUUCAUGGCGUAAAAUUAGAACUCUCGCACCUUUCUUGUGGCCCAAGAAGGACUUCUUCUUGCAAUUUCGUGUGAUUAUUUGCUUCAUCCUCCUCCUUGGGGGUCGUGUUAUUAAUCUCUACGUGCCCAUUUACAAUAAGAAAAUCGUGGACAGUUUCACGGAAAAUCCAAUGAGAUUCCGCUGGGAUUGGAUUCUCAUCUAUGUCCUGUUCAAAUUUCUACAAGGCGGUGGCACAGGAAGUAUGGGAUUGCUCAACAAUUUGCGCUCAUACCUAUGGAUACGCAUUCAGCAGUAUACAACGCGGGAAAUUGAACUGGAACUCUUCCGUCAUCUGCACAAUUUAUCACUUCGAUGGCAUUUAAGCCGCAAAACAGGAGAAGUGCUCCGUGUGAUGGAUCGUGGAACAGAUAGCAUCAACAAUUUGCUCAAUUAUAUCCUCUUCUCCAUUGUGCCGACCAUUGUGGAUAUUAUCGUGGCCGUGGUAUUCUUCAUAACCGCCUUCAAUGGAUGGUUCGGCCUCAUUGUCUUUCUCACCAUGUCCUUAUACAUCAUUGCUACGGUCACAGUGACGGAGUGGCGAACCAAAUUCCAGAGACGAAUGAAUUUGGCUGAUAAUGCCCAGAAAGCACGGAGUGUGGAUUCACUUCUCAAUUUUGAAACAGUCAAGUAUUACGGAGCUGAACAAUAUGAGGUCGAUUGCUACCGCGAAGCUAUUCUCAAGUAUCAGAUUGAAGAAUGGCGCUCACUAAUCACAUUCAACAUCCUCAAUACGACACAAAACAUAAUUGUAUGCGCUGGAUUAUUAGCCGGAUCGAUGCUAUGCGCCUAUAUGGUUGUCUAUGAACAAGGACUUUCCGUGGGGGAUUAUGUUCUCUUUGCCAGCUAUAUCAUCCAGCUGUACGUGCCGUUGAAUUGGUUCGGCACCUACUACAGGGCUAUUCAGAAGAAUUUCGUCGAUAUGGAAAAUAUGUUUGAUUUGAUGCGUGAAGAACAGGAGGUGAUUGAUGCGCCUGGAGCUGGUCCAUUGUUAAUUGUACGUGGUGGCAUUGACUUUUCCAAUGUCUCAUUUGGCUACAGUCCAGAAAAACUUGUCCUCAACAAUGUGAGCUUCACAGUACCGCCUGGGAAAACUACGGCUCUCGUUGGGCCAUCAGGCGCGGGAAAGAGUACAAUAAUUCGGCUGCUAUUCCGCUUCUAUGACGUGACUAGUGGGGCAAUUAUAAUAGAUGGCCAGAAUAUAAAGACUGUUAAGCAGUCUUCUCUCCGAAAAGCCAUUGGGGUGGUGCCGCAGGACACUGUCCUCUUCAAUAAUACGAUUCGCUACAACAUUCAGUACGGUCGUAUUGAGGCUGGUGAUAUUGACGUUAUUACAGCAGCACGGAGUGCAGAUAUUCAUGAGCGUAUCCUAACUUUCCCCGAUCAGUACGACACACAAGUUGGCGAGCGCGGGUUGAGGCUCAGUGGGGGUGAAAAGCAGAGAGUUGCAAUUGCGAGGACGAUUCUCAAAUCGCCAUAUAUUGUCCUCCUGGAUGAAGCUACGAGUGCUUUAGAUACACAGACUGAGAGAAAUAUUCAAGCAGCUUUGAGGAAGGUGUGCGCCAACAGGACGACCAUUAUUGUUGCUCAUCGUCUUUCCACCAUCAUUCACGCAGAUGAAAUUCUCGUGCUGAAGGAUGGGGCUAUCGUUGAAAGGGGCACGCAUGAGGAUUUGCUUCAAAACGAUGCUGGGGUUUAUUCUGGCAUGUGGAAUCAACAAUUGCAAAAUCUUGAGGCAAAGCAAGUAGAUGACGAAGCCACGGGAAAUGAAGCAAAUGGUAUUGAACCUGUACCAAAUACAUCAAAGCCCCAAAAGCCAGCCGAACCACAAGUUCCCGCAGCAUACAGCCAAUAUGUCCAUCAUCAUCAUCAUUAGUAUUUAAAAUAAAAUAUGCAGGAAAAAUAAAUGUAAAACAAAUCAUAUUUUUAUGAAAAAGAAAACCCAAAAUGUAGAUAUGUAAUUUUAGCAAUAUAUUUUAGUGAUGGUUAUUAAAACUAUUUCAAUCAA